AUGGAUCAAAGAGAAACGGGGAAGGGGCUCUCCAGGCUCUGCAGUGCCCGCGAGGAGGGUCUGGACUCCUGGGGAGGCUCCUGCAUCCCGUCCCUGGGGCCAGGACGAGGAGGCUCCUGGGACGAGUCUACAACAAAAAAAAAGCUGCUCAAAAAACUUGCGGUUAGUGCGGACGUGCCCCGCCCCGCCGGACAGGGCUGGGGACAGCGGCGGACACCGGACAGGACACCUGCGACCAAAGAGCGAGUUACGGGCAGCGGGGGAAGCGCAGGAGCGGCUCAGCAUCCCGGCAAGCGCAGCCGCGGCGAGCAGCACAGGCGGCCGGGGAGCCCCGGAGAGCUCGGCACAGGGGGCACCUCAAAACCUGGCCACUUCAACAUCGGGGCUGCAAGGGAAACAGAAGGCAGGUUGGAGGACGCCGGGACGCUUGAUGGGAACAGAAGGUCGUGGUUAAGGAGAGAUUUGAAGGCUCCGAGCCGGUGGCCACCCGGCCCCAGAGCCCGCUGGCCACCCCGCACGCAGCGCCGGCGGGGGCAGAGGAAACAGCAGGAAGAAAAGAAGAAAAAGGAGGAAAAGUGGUGUUUAUUGAGUCGCUGGUGCUGCGAGGAGGGGAAGGAAGGGCACGGCCAGCCGGGAGCUGUGGCACGGCGGGGGCUGCGGAAGGGAGGGGGCGGCUUCCUUCCCCCCGGGCCGGCCAGCGCCGCUUCCCAGCGCCGGGAAAGCGCAGCCGGAGCUUGGCAUGCGGGACAGGAGCAGCAUCACCCCCUCCGUGCUGGCGGACACGGGGCCCGGCCCUAAAGCAGCUGUCGCUGCUCCCGCUCAGCGAAGCUGUUUAGUGGCGGCGGGACGAGCGCGUCCCCCGGGAUGGAGCAGGGACAAAAACACGGCCUGGGAAUGCGCGGUGGGCGAUGCAGGCGGUGAGGGCAGCACGCAGGCACGGCAGCCGAAAAAGACACCGAGGCCCAGCUCAAUGCAAUAAAUAAAACUUUUAUUCAAACAAUAA